UUGAAUUAUAAAAUUUAUCCUGUAAGAAAAUAAUAGAUUUAUUUCAAUCUAUACAACAUAAGUACAUAAUCGAGUCGACGGGGGCAAGUGAACGUGGUAUUUUAUACUGUGUAAUAAAACGGAGUUAUGAAUUCAGCGAAGAGUAAUGGUGAGACUGGCAAUGGACUGGAGGAUCUUGGUAUACCAGGACAAGUGUAUUUGAGAGACGCUUUAACAAGUUGUACAGAUCCAUUGAAAGCUAUCGAGGGAUUUCAGUUGGAAAAUGGCAUAUUACUACCAUCAUUACGGCCUAUGUUACCUUUACUCGAUCUGCAUGGAGUCAGAAGGUUAGAUUUCCAUGCCUCUGUUCUCGAAGAGCUGCGGGAGAAACUGAUCAAACAAAUUGAUGAAAUCGGCGUGGAAAGGGCAGAUAAAGGUUCCUCUGGAGACAAGAGAAUGAAGGAAUUGUUAUCGAAAAGUUUUCCUGCUGUUAGAGUUAACGCUUUGCGACCUGUUGUUAUGUGCAUCCUAAAGAAUACCUUACACAUUGAUGACAAAUAUUUGCGAGUGUUAGUUAGAGAAAGAGAAUUAUACAAUGACGCCGAUACAGAAGUAAAACGUCAGAUAUGGAAGGAUAAUCAAAGUCUUUUUGGCGAUGAAGUCUCGCCGUUGUUCAGUCGUUAUAUCAUUGAGAAAGAACAGAUUCUAUUUGAUCAUCGCAAUUUGAACAGUCUAUUUUUUAUGCCAUCUCCAAAGGUGAGAAGACAAGGUGAAGUUGUACAGAAGUUAGCUCAUAUGAUUGGACAUAGUGUAAAAUUGUAUGAUAUGGUACUGCAGUUUUUAAGGACUUUAUUUUUACGCACAAAGAAUAUCCACUACUGUACUCUCAGAGCAGAACUGUUAAUGGCGUUACAUGAUUUAGAGGUGCAAGAUAUUAUUUCUGUAGAUCCAUGUCAUAAGUUUACGUGGUGUCUGGACGCAUGCAUCAGAGAAAAAAAUGUGGAUGUUAAAAGAUCUCGUGAAUUACAAGGCUUUUUGGACAGUAUUAAGAGAGGACAGGAGCAGGUGUUAGGGGACCUAAGUAUGAUUUUGUGCGAUCCCUAUGCAGUGAAUUUUCUCGCUAGCAGUGCAAUCAAAAUAGCGCUUCAUUUGAUAAAUUGUGAAGCAUUACCUAGAGAAAAUGCAGUGCUCGUAUUGUUGUUAAGAAUGCUCGCGUUAGGACUGUCUGCUUGGCAAAUGAUUGAUUCGCAAGACUUUAAGGAACCAAAACUGGACAGUCAAGUUGUCACAAAGUUCCUGCCAGCACUUAUGUCACUCAUGGUUGAUGAUCAAAUAAGGCAACUCAACUGUAGACUUCCACCUGAUGAAAGGGAAAGUGCAAUCGCAAUUAUAGAACAUUCUGGACCACCUCCUGAUGCGUGCCAAGCGUACGCUCAGCUUUCUGGAGUAGCGGCAGUUCUCUCCAUGUAUUAUGCAUUGCAUGUAGGAGGUGGCGGUGGGGUUGGAAGGGGUAGGGGAGAUGCUAGAGGUUUGAUGAGAGUCCUGGCCACAUUGCCAAACUGCCAAGCACAACGAGCUUUUGAAGAUCCAUUUUUACACACACUGGUUUCGUUAUUAAUAUUAAAUAUGGCUGAUGAAUUUUCAAACGAAUCGUUUUGUACAGUAAUUUUUGACGAAUUCUUCUUGGCCGGUUUAGGAAGGGACAACGUCACACGACAUCUGUUAAAAUUACUUUGGUACAUACAUCCUAAAUUACCAUCCACGCGAUUACAUUCAUUAUUGAAAGCCUUACAACCAACAAGUCAGCAUAACGAAGCAGUCCACACUCUUUACGAAUCUCUACGUGACAAAGUUGGUAAUCAUGCUACAGAAGAUCAAUUAGCAGUGGCAGCUCAAAUGGAUCCGUUAAGUCUAGACUGUUCUCCUUCAGUGUUUACUGGAAUGCCACCAUCAACAUCGAGCACACUUUAA